AUGUUUUCCAAAAUGAGCCAAGCAGGUGGUUUUAUGGAAUAUAGCUCAAACAAUGAAGGGAACGGUAGCCAGGUACAGAAUCGCAAGGUUUCGGUAAGAUCUGUCACUAUCAAGCAGUUCCAAGAAGCUCCCGAUGUAUCAGAUGACAGCCCAUUGUUGAUCGACAACGCCCCGGUGGACAUUCUACGCUUUGUAGUUAUCGUUCGUAAAAUCGACGUUGAGGCUACCAAGGUGACUCUGUCGGUUCAGGACACAACAGGCAGUCUGGAAAACGUUAGACAAUGGAUCAACAGCGAUGGUGGUGAGCCUCAUGAACCGAACUACUCAGUUGGAGAUUAUGUGGCACUCUACUGCAGCACACGCAAGUAUAACGAACGUCGGUUGCUCAAUAUUACCCGUGUUGAUCCUGAAAUUUCACUUUCGUUUGUUUUCUUCCACCAGAUCUGCGUUCUCAGGGAGCAUUGGCACUACACUGGAUCCAAACCGCUUGGAGCCGUUCAAGAACCCAAGCCUAAGGCCGAAUCGAGCCUUUUCGUCGACGAUGCUCCUCCAGAGGCUAAAAACAGCUUGUCCGCUCGUAUCUUAAAUGCUCUUAAAUCCGAGCCUGAUGGUCUGCAUGUUAGGUUUUUAUCCCAGAAUCUUGGUAUUGAUGAGCUUCAGAUUCUGCAAGAGUGCGAGUCUCUCAACAACGCAGGUCUUGUCUAUCAAACGGACGAUAACACUUAUGCCUCUUCUACAACAUAA